AGUUAACGGCGUGCAAUUAACGCCAUCAUGCGAAGAGAGAAAUAGGACCCCAUCGCGAGCCGGAGAGCAAACCGUUCGGAUAUCGAUCAUCUGCAGAGGAAAAGGAAAUAGCAAUUAGUGUCCAGCGCGUUACGUUGAAUGAAGCGCCAUGUCGCACCUAUUCCCAAGUGCCAAAGGCGAUCAGCUAUGUCCACUCGGCUUCCAUCCGCAAGUGCGCUGGCCCACGCGCUGUAAACGCUGCUUUCGAGACUACAAAGAGCACGGAAACAAACGCAAUGGCGACGAUAUAGCCGCUUCGACACCGGUUCUACCGGGCUCAACCCAGUCACGCAACCGUGAUAGUGGCAGCAGCAGCACCCUAGACAGACCUGUGCGAAGCUGGACAUCAACACAAAACCUGCUCAGUCCCAGUAGCAACAAUAGCAGCAAUGGCGGCAGUAUCCAGAACUUCCAGCAGCGUCCGGCUUCGUGGGCCUCGACGCCGGAUCUGGAUAACAUUCUGCAGACGGUUAAGGCGGAUUUCACCGUCAAUCUGCCACUUCCUCGACGACGACAUACGACAACAUUCGACAAUUUGGACGAACCCGACUCGACGACGGUAACCAUCAAAAGGCCUCCACUGCCACCGAUCCUGAAGGUGGACAGCAUCAAGAAGGACGAAAAGGUGGAUCUGCUGAAGCGCGAGGACAGUGUCGGGGACAUUGUGAUUGAGAAGAGCGACUCGUUGGCCGAGCGUGUGCGCAAGCUGAACCUGAUGAAGCGCCAAGGAAGCACCGAAAGAGAAACGAGCAAAGAACGAACCGUUCCGCCAAAGCAGGAGAAAGAUGAAUCUCCUGUCGUGACGGCGAAGGUGGUCCUGAAACCUUCCAAACCGGAAGCGGAGACGGUGGAGAAAAUCGAACGACGAAGACGUAGGCCCAUUCCAGACACACCCGAUUCCAGUGUCACCAGUUCCUCCUCAACUGCAACCAUUACCUCGAAGGUACCCUCAACCACCGCCAAGCCAGCGGUGUCAUUCGUCACUCCACCACAACCUAGUUCCACAGCAACCGGUGCCGUGAGCUCCCACAAGCUAUCAAAAGAACCCACUCUAGCUCCGGUUAGUGAAUCGGCAGGUGGUACCACGAAAACCGUCGUACGUCGACGUCGCACCGAAGAAACGCCAGCUUCCAGUGCUCCCACAACAUCCGCUACUCCAGCACCGAAACCCACACUAACCCAGUCGGGUCCUUCGAUAGCGUUUUUCCAACCCAAGGGAGGUCGUCCAGGUGUCGAACCGCAGGUACCGAGCUCCAGUAGCGACGAUGUCAAGUUCCUCAUAUCGAUCAAAGACAAGAAGACGAAACGAGAUGACGAUCUACACUCGACCACGACCGAAACGACCGAAACGACGGAGGCAACCAUUACGGACCACAUCGACAACCGCGAGCUGCAGGAGGAGAUCGAGAGCCUCAAACGUGAACUGGACACGGUAAAGGCACGUGCUGAGCGGGCUGAACGGGACAAGAGCGAUAUCCUGUUGCGGCGACUUGCUUCGAUCGAUACCGUUUCGAAUAAAACGGCCGCUUCGGAGGCGCUCAAGCUCCAGCAGAAGGUGAACGAGCAGAAGCAACUGAUCGACGAUCUGCAGGACGAGAAAAAGUUCCUCGCGACGAAGUUGCGCGAGAUAUCGGCGGAUAUGAACGCACGUGGCAGCCGUAGUGGAGAGGAGGAACUGCGGCUGCGUGCCGAACAGGCGGAAUCGCUGUGCGAGGAGCUGAUGGACGAGAACGAGGACAUGAAGCGGGAGAUCGAGGAGAUGCAUGACAACUUCCGCGAGGAUCAGGCGGAUGAGUACGCGUCGCUGAAGAAGGAGCUUGAUCAGACCACCAAGAACUGCCGCAUACUGUCGUUUAAGCUGAAAAAGUCCGACCGGCGCAUCGAGGAGCUCGAAUCAGACAAAGCGCUCCUGGGUGCGGGUGGUGACCUUGCGACGAAGGUCAAGCAGCUUGAGGACGAACUGAAGGUUGCGAACGAGGUGGCACGUCGACUGCAGACGGAACUGGAGAGUGCGGGUUCAACGACGGUCAAGAAAACGCCAUCCUUGGGCAAUAUCGGCAAGUCGACGUCGGCGGAUAGCAAAAUCUCGCGAGCCUCACUAACACGUGGUGGCUCUCAGGAGGAUCCGGUGCAGCUGCAGCGUGAUCUGCAGGAUUCGCUGGAACGGGAAGCGGAUCUGCGGGAACAGUUGCGUUUCGCGCAGGAGGAAGCAGAAAACUCGCACCGUAAGUUGUCACGCGUGGAAGAUGAGAACGACUCGUUGGCGAUGCAGCUCAAGAAAAUGGCGUCGAAGGCGAAAACGUCGAAGAGCAUCUUUACCAGAGCACGAAAACCGAGUCCCGCGCCUACGUCACGAGGUGGUUCAGAUUCCGGACCGGUAGAAAAGGAGGAAGGCGUCUCGGACGAGGAAGAUCCAGCCUACCUUCGGUUGCAGCUUGAGUUGAAUGAACAGGAAAUGGCCGUGCUACAAAACAAGAUGGAGCAUCUGGAGCAGGAGAACAAACAGAGCCGCGAUCAGAUCAAGGCCCUGCAGGACAAUUUGGCGACCAAAACGAAGGAGCUUGGCCGGAGAGUGCCCACGGCGGCACAGGACGGCAAACCGGGCGUGAAGGAUCCGCUGGAGGAGAAGAAGAUCACCGUAAUGGAGGACGAGAUCAGCGAGCUGCGCAAGAAGUUGAUCGAAAAGGAUCGCGAAUGCGAACGGCUCCAGGCGGAGACGUCACUUACAAAGCUGAAGGGUGGAAAAUCGCUGGCUAAGUCAAAAUCUUUUGAUACCCUCACCGAACAGCAAGCGCUCAACCUGAAGCGACAGUUGCAGGUGGUCGAACAGGAAGCGACAGUGCUGCGAGCGAAAACUCAAAGCCUUGAGCAGGAGAAUGAAAAGUGUCUGGCGGAGAUCAAGAAGCUUCAGGCUGGUCCCAAACCAUCGGCAACGUCUGCAGCGGACACGAAGAAGCUCACGGACACGGUCGAUCAGUUGGAGAAGGAAAAGAAGGACCUUGAGGCACGGUUGCGACGUAUUGUGCAGGAAUCGACGGGUCAGUUGCCGGUGCGAACCGCAAAGAACCCUACCGAUAUGCACACGAAGCUGCAGUUGAAAAAAAUGAUCGAAGAAUGUGAAGCCGAAAUCGGUGAUUUGAGAGCGCUGGUUGGCAAAUCGGGAGCCAUGAACCUCACUGCCUUGGAAAAGGACAAGAAACAGCUGGAAUCGGAGCUGAGCGAAGCGAGACAACAGCGCGAUAAGCUUUCGACGGAACUGAGUAACUAUCCGGCUACUUCUGAAACAUUAGAGCAGCAAUCGUCAAAGUUGAGCGAGGCGCAGCGAACCGUGGAAAAGCUGGAAGAUGAAAACAAGAAGCAGAAUGAAAAGAUUAAAACACUAGAAGAUAAAAUCAGCAGGAUCAAUACCACCAUGAAGUCUACCGAAUCGAGCAAAAACUUCCUUGAGAUUCAGCUGAAAAGCGAGAAAGAGAAGCUCACCACCGCCGAGCGGGAUCUGGAAAAGCUGCGCAAGGAGAAAACCAAACUCGACAACCGAAUCGGUGAUCUAGAGAAAGAGCUGCAGUUGUCGAAGAAAAACGCGGAGCUCAUAAAGGAAAGUCUGGAGCGGGAGAUGUCGGCGUUGAAGAGUAAGUCCGGUGCGGAUGAAAGCGAAUCGUCGAAGAUCUUGCAAGAUGUUAAGAAACAAAACGAAGAUCUUACGUCCGAGAUUCACCUGCAAAGCCGCAAGUUCGAGGAACUGCUGCAGAAGCACGAAACCAUGGAGGAAGAGCAGCUAGUGCUGCAGGCUCAGCUGGCGUCGGAGCGUGAAAAGACACAGGAAACGGAUGGUUUGCGGAACAAACUAAUCCAAGCGGAAGCGAUCGAGUCACGGCUGGUGAAGGAAAACACCAAUCUGAGCCGCCGGUUGGUAGAAGCGCAGAAAAAGUUGACGACAGCCGAGACGAACAACGACAACCGGUACGCAGGUAUUGAGUUGGAGCGGAAUCGUUUGAAAACGGCCCUCGAGGACAAGCAGCAGGACUACGAGAAGCUGACGAAGGAGAAGGACAUGAAUGUGUAUCAAGUGAACCAGCUGAAAAAAGACAAUGAGGACUUGCGAGGAAAACUGGACGACUACGAGCGGAUCAAUAAAGCCCAGCGUACGCUCAGUGAACAUAACGCCCACCUGGAGCAAGAGCUGAAGAACAUGUUCAUGAAACUGGAAGCGGCGGAGAUGAACGUAAAGUCUGAGGUCGCAGCCACUCGAUUGAGGUACGAACAGCAGGUGACAAACCUGCACAACGAGCUGACGGCGAUGCAGAGGCAGUGCGAACGGUUCAAGCGUGAUCGCGACACUUUCAAGCAGUUGGUCGAGGCGGCUCAGAAGCAGAUCGGUGACAUGAAGGCUAACCGACGUAGUCUCGCCUCCGUCACUAGCAGCAGUGGAGACGACGAUGAUAAGACGAAGAUCGUGGGUCUAGAGCAGCAGAUCGGUUGCCUCGAGGAUGAGCUGAGUGAGGCGCGUCUAGAGGUGAGCAAAGUCCGCACGGAACUGGUGUCGGAACGCAGCGCUUCCGACAUCAAGAUCUCGGAGAUGCAGUCGAAGAUCAACGAGCUGGAGGAGGAGAAGAUCAUGGGCAGCGGGAAGUCGAAGGUGCCCGGUACCAAGACCCGGCUCGAGUUGUCCUGGCAGAAGGAGCGUGAGGAACUUCAGCGGUUGGUGCAGGAAACGUCCACCUUGGCGAGGGAUCUGCGCCAGACGUUGUUCGAGGUGGAACGCGAGCGUGACAAGGACAAGCUCGAAUCGAAGCGCAAAGUGGAUCAAAUCAAAAAGACAACCGAGGAGGAGAUCGAAGAAGGCCGCCGGAAAGUGACGGAAUUGCAGAGUGACCUGCUGGAGUUGCGGGAUGCUCAUGCGAAGUUGCGUACGGCCAACGAGAAGCUGCGUCGAGAUCGCGAUCGAUACGAGCGAGAACGGCUCGAUGCAACCCGGAAGCGGCUUGAGGCUGAGGGUGACCGACGGAUAGGUAUGCUGCUGCAAACGGUGGAUGAGCUGGUGAAACUUGCACCGGAACUGCAGCGAACUGCACCGAAGGAUACUCACACGACAAGCACUGGAAAGACCAUCACAGCUAAUGCACCCAUUCCAACGCCGCCAAUGCGCCACAAGAGCCCGUCACCAGGACCCGCAGGCACAUCGCAGCCACAGCAGUCGAUUUCUACAGUAUUAGCUAGGCUGGCCGAAGCUUCCGAGGAUCUGAGACGCUACCAGCGCAUGUGCGAUGAGGAAAAAGACAGAGAGCGUGCACGUCGCGGAGGAAUGCGCCGAGCUGCAUCGCAGGAGAACGAUGCGGUACACGAGAACUCACCGGGACGACCGGUGGCGAGGCUGAACCGCAACGGUGGAAGUCUGUACCGGAAGAGCCUUUCGUUGGAUCAAUCGAUGCAAGCUGAACAGCAGGGGCUCAUCUGGAAGGAAGGUGACGAUAGCAUGUCGUCGUUGCAAUCGAUCGACUCCGAUUAUGGCAUGAUGCGUCGCGAUUCUAGCCUGGAUUCGCGCCUAUCAACCGGUUCAACGCAGAGUGACAUGCCGCGUAUGAGGAAGAAGAAACGUGGCAUUAUGGGUAAACUGCGUAGCUUGAGCCUAACCCGCAGCAAGGGAACUGAGAGCGAUUAUUCGCACCAAGGAUCGGACUCUGACCUCAGCCUGGCGGGAGACAUUCGUUCCAGCAAAACUAAUCUGAAAGGAAAGCUGUCAGGUAUGUUCCGGCGUGCCGGUUCGUCUUCACGUACGAACAGCGCCGAGGCUAUAGACCGGGAAAUUCAACGCCCAGUUGCGAUCCAGACGCUUGGCAAUGGGCCCACGACCUCAGCCGCUGUGCCACAGAGGCCCGUUUCUGCAAGCACACCGCAUUUAGCUAGAGCUGGAAAACCACCUACACCAUCGAUGGUGUCGACGCAACGGAAACGGCUCAGUGCUAACCUGCCACCUACGGGACAGUCGUCGGGUGGGGGCUAGAAACGUGUAGCUGUUGUCGGAGCAAGGACCAAUCCACCGUGGAAAGGUGGAAAUGCAAUACUUCUAUGACUUCGAUUGUUUUAAAGGCAGCGAAGUCGAUCUCUCAUGCUCUCCACAGUCAACCACAACCAGAAUCGUAUAUGUUUAGAGGGAAGUAAAGUGCACUUUUUUUUAAUUGUUCAUCGUGAUAAUGUUGAUAGUGAAUGAAACA